UGAAGAAUUGAAGGAUUUCCUUGAAACCGCAGCCAUGCAUGGCCUCUCCAUCAUGCCUUUGGUUCAAACGUUCGGCCACAUCGAAUUUGCUUUAAAACUACCAAGAUUCGAACAUAUGCGUGAAAUAUCCGAAAGUCCACAGUCUAUAUGCCCCAGCCAGCAGGAUUCAAUUGCAUUUAUUCAGAACAUGCUGACCCAAAUUAUAGAAUUCCAUCUUAGCUUAAAUGGUGCAGCUACAAAUAGUAACAGUUCAUCAACAGUGGCGCAGGCCACUUUUUUGCCAUCGGACCAUUCCAACAAAUUCACACACAUUCACAUUGGUUGUGACGAAGUGGCGCGCAUGGGCGAGUGCAACCUAUGUCGACAGCAUGCUCGCAACGAAAUUUUCCUCAGCCACGUAACGACUAUUGCCAAUUUUGUGAGAACGCACUGGCCUCAACUACAGGUGGUCAUUUGGGAUGACAUGCUGCGCGGCAUGAUGCUAAGCGAAAUGCAUCAUUCGCACAUCGGCAACUACGUAGAGCCUAUGGUGUGGGUGUAUGCCAACGAUAUAUACAGAUUCAUACAACCGCAGCUGUGGGACAUGUACUCCAAAGUCUUCCCAACCGUUUGGGCAGCAUCUGCUUUUAAAGGUGCGUUUGGUGAGAGCCUUAUGAUACCACCACUGCAGCGCCAUUUAGAGAAUAAUAUCAGAUGGCUAGCAGUCGUUGCGAAAGAGGGCGGACGGUUUUCGAAAGGCAUACGCGGUUUGACAUUAACCGGUUGGCAACGGUAUGAUCAUUUUGCGGUGUUAUGUGAAUUGCUUCCGGUGGGCAUACCUAGUUUGAUUACCUCACUAUCUACGGUGUCAAAAGGUCAUUUCAUUACCAAUCCGAAGGAGAACGACAUUUUGCGCAUACUCGAGUGUGCCUUCCAUCCAGAUAGUCGACGCUCAGGACAUCCCUGGAUAGAGCUACACCCGAACUCACAUCAUAGUCAGUUAUUUUCCUCCUGCACAUAUCCCGGAAGCAUGGUAUACAAGUAUGCGUUGCGACUCUUUGAUAAGCUAGUAGAGGUACAGAAUUACUUGCUACAUGUGAAGGAACAAAGUGCCUGGAUGUCGGACUACAAUGUGCGUCACAAUUUUUCCUCGCCACUCCGUGUACGGGAGCUCACGAUUAAUACGCCGAACUACAUUAAUGAACUAAGUGGCAUGGCCAGAGAAGCCCACGAAGUGAUGUACGAGGUGUUUGACGAUUAUACCAUCGUUGAAUUUGUCGAGCAAAAUAUUUAUCCGACGAUUGCGAAACUGCAACGGCAAUUGGAACACGCCCAAAGUUUAAUGCAACGACGUGUAUGGCCGCAGCGUCCUCUUCCUUACGGUGCGGAAUUGGUUGAGCUUAAUUUGGUUCCCCUUCAAUUGUUAAAUGCGGCCGGAACUGGCGCUGAAGCUGGGAGUAAUGGUGAUAUGACAUAAAUUUAAGUUGUAGUUUUAAGCCCUAUGGCAUCAAAUGACGUUAACAAUUGAAAUAAUAUUCAAAUGCUUUAAGCAAAGAGAUUAUUAAAAAAAAGAGCACCGUUAAUUAGGCGAGAAACACAAUUUGUCUCGUCAUUUACACUAUGUAACAUACAUACAUACAUUUGUGUAUGCAUGUACAUACAAGUAUGUUAACAUUAAAUUAAACUUAAUAUUAAAUUUAAUGAUCACUGAACAAAUACUGUUAACAUUUUCUAUAAUGCUUUGUAAUUAUAAUAAACAACAAUCUAUAUCUAAUUACAUAUGUACAUAUGUAUAUGUACAUAUGCUGUAAUAAAUACAAACAUGAAUACUUUACAUUAUAAAAUAAAGACGUGAUCACAUUAA